AUUUCGAUUUUUGUUCCUCCCGGUUCAAUAUUGGCAGUUCUGUGCGAAGGCAGUUAUCUCAUGAAAUGGCUUGAGCUGGAGCGUGAAGGCUGUAUUGCCGGUGUGGAAAAUCUGCUUGCCAGUGAGGACUGUUGGAAGAAUCGCUAUCAAAACCUCUCCGAUGUCGAUGUGGUAAUCGCUUUGUUAAUUUAUUCAGCCACCAUCUCUUCCUGUCACAUUUCGUGCCGGCACCAUCUCGAGCCUGAAAGUAUUGCGUGUGGAACUGACAAGCGUGGUAACUAG